AUGUCUUUGCCCAGCUUUUUCGAUCUUCUCGAUGGCCAUGGUGGCCCACAGCCAACUGUGGAGAGUCCGGGCAUCUAUCAGGAAGCACUUCCGCCGUUCGAUGAAACAAAUAUUCAGGAUAUCCCGCCGAGUUUUCGCUAUGCUUUGUAUCCUAUCCCCGAAGGGGAGGCGGAGGUGCCGGUACACACACCGACUUUUAUGUGGAGCCCUACAACGUCUUCACAUUCUGAUCCCAACGAGAAGAGGGCCGUUGAGGAGGAUGUUGCAGGGGUGAAGCAGGAGACGCCAGUGCCCCAAGUGCCUAUGAUGCAUCCGAUGCCGCAAAUGCCCCCACUGCCUCCAAUGGUGCCCUUGCCCCAGAUGGCUCCGAUGGCGCAGCUGCCUCAGCUGGCUGCAGUGCCUCAGAUGGCACCUGUGCCUCCGCUGCCUCCAUUGCCUCCGCUGGAUCAAGUGCCUCAACUAUCUGGAGUGAGUCCAAUGGUCCAAUUGCCGCCACAGGUGACACCAGGACCGGGGGCCACCCCAGUGGUUCAAGUGGCACAGGCUCCUCGAGUGUACCCGAUGCCCCAGGUGCCUAGGGUGAAUCCAAUGCCUCAGGUGCCGUUGCCUCAUGUGCCUCGGGUCAAUCCAAUGCCACAAGUGCCUCGAGUCAAUCCAAUGCCCCAGGUUCCUCGAGUCAGUCCAGUGCCCCAGGUGCCCCGAGUUGGCCCAGUGCAUCAAGUGCCUCGUGUAAGUCCAGUACCGCAAGUGCAUCGACCCAACCCAGCACAUCAGGCACCUCGAGGGAACCCACCGCGUCCAGUGAACCCAGGCUCUCAAGUGCUAAGCCCCGAGAGGAUCAUGAUUUUGCGGCUACAAGAAGAAGUGACGACGGAAUUGAACAAGUUCAGGGCAAUGGCCCUGUCUUGGUAUAGGGAGAAGACCGCCAUGCAAGGGGAUCAGCGGGAGCUUAGCAAACAACUUGAAAUGGCACAAGACGAGACAAACCGCCUGAGGCGAGAAGUGGCGAUGUUGAAGCUUGAAGAGGCGAACUUCCACAAGGCGGCCCAAGAAUUCAGAGACACGCAGUGCCGGCUGAGGGAUACCUUUUUGAAACUGAAAGAUAAGGAUGAGGAGGUCGCAUUUUUAUCCCAGGAAUUGAAAAAUUUGCAGCCCAGACUCUUCCGACUGCGAACUGCGGACAGGACGAUUAAGAAACUGGAGGACGAAGUGCUGCGACUGCGACCUCUGGAACACGAGUUGCAGGUAAGACGACAGGAGAUUGAAAGGCUUCAUAGAGACAAGGCCCAAAUUCAUUACCUGAAGCUCGAGUUGGAAGCAUGCCAGCGCCUCUGCAAGCAAAUCUGUUGGGCAGCCGCAAGAGCGAGAGCAGCGGAAACUAGGGCCCCCGCAGGGGCACCAUCAGGAUAUCGAGGAAGACCGAAUGAGGGCCGAGGCAAUCGCCGCGCACACCCUUUUGGAAUGAACGGAGGGGGUAACACGUGCUCGUGCGCCACCCAGGGACGAGGGAGAAGGGCAACGCUGUAG